AUGUGCGACGCUUUCAUACGUAUGCGCCAUUAACUCAUCGUUGCCUCCUUGUUGCGUACAUAUUGUAUUCUUUCGCAUAAGCGCCGUCAAGAUGAAGAUCGGACUGUGUGCCUAUAGUGGAUACAAGAUAUAUCCCGGCCAUGGGAAAACUAUGGUUAAAGUCGACGGAAAGAAUUUCACAUUCCUUAACUCAAAAUGUGAGUCUGCCCAUCUGAUGAAGCGUAAUCCGAGAAAAGUUACGUGGACCGUUUUAUAUAGGCGUAAGCACAAAAAGGGUCAGGAGGAAGAACAGACAAAGAAGAGAACGCGUAGGACGCAGAAAUUCCAGCGUGCUAUCGUGGGAGCUUCUUUGACCGAUAUUUUAGCUAAACGUAACAUGAAACCAGAAAUAAGGAAAGCUCAACGUGAACAAGCUAUCAAAGCCGCCAGGGAACAAAAGAAAGCUCAAAAGGCUGUCAAGAAAGCAGCGGUGCCACUUAAACAGAAACCUGUACAUAAACAGAAAGCGACGAAAGUACAGCAAAAGGCUGCUCCAAGAGUCGGUGGAAAGCGAUAAAUUAUAUCUUGUAAAGGCUCGUUAUAAUAAAGUGGUUAAGCACUAAAAA